UGAGUAGGAGGGCGGGGCCACAGAGAGAGAGGCUGAGAGUUAGUUCAGUGCGCGGAUGGAGCCGUGCGCGCUCCCCGCCAAACGCCCCACCUCCGCGUGCCCGAGACCUCCUCCUCCUCGCGUGGUCCUGCGUCCCCACAGCUGAGCAGCAGGAUCGGGCCCCUGGCGGCCGGAGUGGGGCCCGCCCCCGCCUGCUGCUGCGUCGUCGCCUAGUGGGCGCCUGUACCUCCGGCGGAGACCCCAGCCCGCCCCGUCCCCGCGCCGCCUGGAGCCACGGAGGCAGACCCGGUCGCGCUGCUCCUCCUGGCGCUGGGCCGUCGCUGCCCGGUGGGGUCCUCCGCCGCCCAGCCGUCAUUGCCGUUGGUGCCGCGCAGCCCUGCGGCGAGGGUUCCCUUGCUGAGUGUGGCCGGGCUGGAGCCGCGCUAGGAUCCGGGGCCGCCCUUCCUGGACUCUGCCCGCCGUUCCGCCCGGCGCUUUGCAGAAGAGGGUCCGCGCCGCGGCCGCUCCUGGCAGCAGCGGGGGGGGAUUUGCGCGCCGCCCACCGCGCCCUCUCCUCGAGCAGGGACCGUCCCCCGAGCGCUUGAAGCCUUUUUCACGGGACCCUCCGGCGACACAGCCCGCGCCCCGGUUGCUCUGUGUUGGGGUGAGCCGCAUCCCGCGGCGGGCCUUACUGCUUUGGACUCCGCCCGCCUGCUCGUGGGGCAGCAGCCGCGCCGCAGCCGAGCGCCUCGCCUCCUGCACGGCCAUCCCGGCGCAGCUGCAGCAGCAGCAGGGGCGGCCGCCGGCGCCGCCUCCUCCUUCUCGUGUGAAGGCGCGCCGGUCCAGACCGCUGAGCGCCCCUUGACUGCUGCCUGGCAUGGGCACUGCGGUGUCCGGGAGCCCGCGCAGCCGGCGCUGGGUGGAAGGCGGGCGGGCGCACGGCCCCCUUCGCCUUGGGAAGCCGCCUGCCCCGCGGAGCAGGGUGUGAGUUCCCGGCAGCGGGGCAAGCCCGAGGCCUCCCCCGGGCAAGGCUGCGGCUGCGCUUCUUCUCUGGGACCCGCUCCAGGGGCGUUGCGAAAGAGCUGGCCGGGAGCCCGCGCCAGCCCCCGGACAACCUUGGGAACAGCCCUCCCCGCCGCAGGAGCCGGGCAAGGACUGCGCGUGGGAUGACAACAGAGCCGGCAGCGCCGGGAGCUGGCCGGUCUGCAGAGGAGGCGGCCCGCCGCAGCGGCAAGAAGGAGCGGCUGGCCUGAGUGGGGCCCUCCCGACAGCUGUGCCGGGUCGUCUGGAAGGUCACAAAGCACCCAGCCUCACCGACAGGAGCAGCCAAGGAGGAUCUGUCGUGGGCAGCGGACACAAACAGUGGGCCUGUCGGAGUGGGGCAGCCCAGCGAGCCCACAUGGCUGCGAGCCGCCAGCAUCAUGGCGACUACCAUUGCCUCCCAGACUACGAAGACGACUCUCCCCCUGAGGACGAGAAGCAGCUGCUGGUGCACGUCACUGAGGGACUGAAAGAUUCCUGGCAUCACAUCAAGAACUUGGAUAACUUCUUCACCAAAAUCUACCAUUUCCACCAGAAGAAUGGCUUUGCCUCCAUGAUGCUCUCCGACGUCUUUGAGCUGGUGCAGUUCCUGUUUGUGGUCACGUUCACUACCUUCCUGCUGUGCUGCGUGGAGUAUGAUGUGCUAUUUGCCAACCGGCCUGUCAAUCACACUCACACAGGAGGGAGCCUCGCCCCAGACCGGAACAAGGUGACGCUUCCAGAUGCCGUCCUGCCCACGCCACAGUGUGCCCAGAGGAUCCGUUCCAGCGGCUGGAUCAUCUUCCUGCUGGUGAUGGCUGCCACCUUCUGGCUCUACCGCUUAGUGAAGGUUCUCUGCAGCCUUCUUGGCUACUGGGAGAUCCGUGCCUUUUACACCAAAGCUCUCAAGAUCCCCUCGGACGAGCUGUGCAACCGCAGCUGGCAGGAGGUCCAGGCGCGGCUGAUCUCCCUGCAGCGGGAGCAGCAGAUGUGCGUGCACAAGCGGGAGCUGAGCGAGCUGGACAUCCACCACCGCAUCCUGCGCUUCAAGAACUACCUGGUGGCCAUGGUGAACAAGUCGCUGCUGCCGGUCCGCUUCCACCUGCCUCUUCUGGGCGAGGCCGUCUUCCUCACGCAGGGCCUCAAGUACAACCUGGAGCUGCUCUUCUUCUGGGGGCCCGGGUCCCUCUUCCAGGGCAAGUGGAACCUCCAGCCCCAGUACAAGCGGGCGGGGGCGCGCCUGGAGCUGGCGCGCCGCCUGGGGCGCAGCAUGGUUCUGCUGGGCCUGGCCAACCUGCUGCUGUGCCCCUUCAUCCUGGUGUGGCAGGUGCUGUACGCCUUCUUCAGCUACACGGAGGUGCUCAAGAGACAGCCCGGCAGCCUCGGGGCCCGGCGCUGGUCCCUGUAUGGGCGCUUCUACCUGCGCCACUUCAACGAGCUGGACCACGAGCUCCAGGCCCGCCUGAGCCGCGGCUACAAGCCGGCCUCCAAGUACAUGAACUCCUUCACCAGCCCCUUCCUCACCGUGCUGGCCAAGAACGUCGGCUUCUUUGCUGGCUCCAUCCUGGCAGUGCUCAUUGCCCUCACCGUCUACGACGAGGACGUCCUCACUGUGCAGCACAUUCUCACCGCCAUCACCCUCCUGGGGCUCAUCGUUACCGUGGCCAGGUCAUUCAUCCCAGACGAGCACCUGGUGUGGUGCCCAGAGCAGCUCCUGCAGUGUGUCCUGGCCCACAUCCACUACAUCCCUGACCACUGGCAAGGCAACGCCCACAAGUCAGAGACCCGUGAAGAGUUGGCUCAGCUCUUCCAGUACAAGGCUGUCUUCAUCUUGGAGGAGCUCCUGAGCCCCAUCGUGACCCCCUUCCUCCUCAUCUUCGCCCUGCGUGCCAAGGCCCUGGACAUCGUCGACUUCUUCCGCAACUUCUCUGUGGAGGUGGUGGGCGUCGGGGACAUCUGUUCCUUCGCCCAGCUUGACAUCCGCAACCAUGGCAACCCGCAGUGGCUGUCCCAGGGCCGGACGGAGGCAUCGGUGUACCAGCAGGCCGAGAACGGCAAGACGGAGCUCUCUCUUGUCCACUUUGCCAUCGCCAACCCACGCUGGCAGCCGCCGCCCGAAAGCUCCCUCUUCAUCGGACACCUCAAGGAGAAGGUGCAGCAGGAUGCGGCCCAUGCACCCCCUGCCCAGCGCCUCUUGGCUGAGGCCCCUUUGGGUGCUUCCUUUUUGUCGGACGAGGGCCCCUGCACCGUGCCAGAUGCCCUCUUGGCCAGCGUCCUGACCCACCCUGUCCUGGCAGCAGGAACCCUCAUGCCCCAGGGGGAGCGGCACCUCUUCACCCAGGCGGGCAGUGCAGCCAGCGCCGCUGCUAGCAUCUUGGCCUCCCUCUCCUGCUCCCAGCUGCUUCGGCGCACCGGCCCCCUGGGCGAGAACUCCGUAUACCGCAGUGAUAACACUCUACUGGGGGACAGCGUUGCCCCACCUGAGACGCACCAGGCACCCCUCGCCCGCUCUGUUGUGCUCUCGGAGUUUGCCUCAGCUGAGAUGAGUCUGCACGCCAUUUACAUGCACGAGCUUCACCAUCAGCAGCAGCAGCAUCCGGCAUGCGCCCGCACUCCCUUGCAACAUUCAGCACAAGCAGCUUCCACAAGGCCCUCCUCUCGUGUCUGCAGCCAGGAUCUAGCCCUUGGGGGCUGGGAAGAGGAGGAGGAAGAUGAGCCUCAGGCACAGCAGCAGGAAAGGGAGAAGAGCUAGCAGAGGCCUGCCCACCCCUCCUGCCAGGCGUUCCUGAGCAGCUGCAGGCUGUUGCCAGCACCGACUUGCUGGGCCCGCCAGCCCCUCCUCCUGCAGGAGCAUGGCCAGCCGGCCGGAAGCACAGAGCGAGGCUUGGGGGGCCUUGACUGUGGACUUUGAUGUGAGAUGGGGCUUCCUCAGUGUUGCUGCAGGCCCCGCUCCUUGCUUUAGGUGAAUGAGCUAUGGGCUGGAGCAGGCCCUGCCGGGUGCUAUUGACCAGGUUCCUGUGGUCAAGAGGGAAUGCCUGGAGCCGCAAGCCCGCUCCUCCUGAACCGGGCUGCAGCAAGAGGCCGCUCUGUAGCGACUGCCCCUGGAUCCCAGCCCCCUCCCGCUUUUCCCUCUGCUGCUAUACAUGGCCUCCCCCUGCAGUGUGCCCAGCCCCCCUCCUCCGUUGCAAAGGAGUGCUGGGGGGCCGUUGUUACAGGCAUGGUGCUGCCACCUCAGGACACUUUUGGAACAAUAAACGUUUACAGAUGUGGCUCACA